AUGUUCUCCCGGUCAUCACCAGCGGUGUGCCUGUUGGCGUUGGGUCUCUGGAUCGCAGUCGUCUCGGUGUCGGGUGGGAAAACUAGUUCCAGCUCAAAGUGCCAGGAAAAGUCGCUUACGACUGCGAGUGGUACGAAGGCACCAUCAGGUCCCUUCUGUGCGGGCGAUUUGAUAUUUGAGGACACGUUCGAUGGGUUUGAUCUGGAUACCUGGCAGCAUGAGAACACACUGGCCGGAAACACGGACUCGGAAUUUCAGUGGUUUACCAACAACCGGACGAACUCGUUCGUUAAGGAGGGCAACCUGUUCAUCCGACCGACGCUGACGGUGGAAGAGUUCGGUGAACCGUUUCUACGCUCCGGUGUCCUCAACAUCCACGGUGGAUCGCCGGCCGAACAAUGCACGAAACACUCGCCAGACGGGUGCGUCCGGGCCGGGUCCCUCGAGCAGGUGCUGAAUCCGGUCAAGAGUGCCAGCAUCCGGACGGUGGAUUCGUUCGCGUUCAAGUACGGUAAGGUGGAGGUGAGUGCGAAACUGCCGGCCGGUGAUUGGCUUUGGCCCGCCGUCUGGUUCCUGCCGAAGGUGAACGCGUACGGCCGGUGGCCGGCGUCCGGCGAGAUCGACCUGCUCGAAUCGAAGGGCAACCGGGAGCUCAUCAAGAACGGCAUCAAUGUCGGCGUCGAGCAGGUCACGUCGACACUCAAGUUCGGGCCGAACGUCGCGUACAACUCGGCCUACGCCGCCCCCGGAACGUCCUUCACGCGCAACUCCGAGUCCGGCAAGGGCUACCAUACCGGGUUCAAUCGGUACCAGAUGGAAUGGACGCCGGACCACAUCACGUUCAGCAUUAACGACAUCGAGACGGGCACGGUGAAGGUCGGUACCGGGUUCUGGCAGAAGGGCAACUUCAAUCUGACCGCGCCCGGACUGGACAAUCCUUGGCGGUAUGGUAGCAUCAUGGCACCGUUCGACCAGGAGUUCUACUGCAAACUAUCGGUGGCCGUCGGCGGAUCCGAUUACUUCUCCGACGACGACAUCAACCCGACGCGGAAACCCUGGCAGAACGGGGCCCGCCAAGCGAUGACGGACUUCUGGAACGGCAAGAACGAGUGGCUGCCGACGUGGAACCUGGACGAGACGGAAUCGAAGGAUGCCUCCAUGCAGGUGGACUACGUGCGCGUGUGGGCGCUCUAGGGACGCGAAGGCAGGCGAAUGGAACUUGUCGCAAUUUCCAUUCCCAUCCCGAUUGCGAUUCCAUCCGACGACGGGAUAUGCUGCCUUCGCAAGGAGGAACAACAACGGGCCUACUCCACUGUUGGUGGUAUCGAAAUUUCCCCGAAGGUGCUGCUAAGAACCUGUGAACCGAUAACGGACUCCGUAGAUAUGGAAUUUAGAUUACAUUACCGUUAGGAUUUGUAGUACGCCGGCGGAUU